AUGGGUGCCGCAGAUGGCCAACCUAGCAUGCAAUCCCAGGAGUCAGCAGCAGUUCUAGCAAUGGACGACAUAGGAGUGGUCAUAGACACCACAGGCCAGCCCAGAGGCAACCCCCUCAUCUUCCCCUCGCCUCCCAUCGCCCUCACCUUCGCCCCUCCCCACGUCGCCACCGCUCUCCACCACUCCCUACACCUCUUCGACCCGGCCACAGGCACGCUCCUGCAGACGCUCCCGGUGCCGGGAGGGGCGGGGACAGCUGGCAGGAGCCCAUUGGUGGCGUUGGCGGCGGAGAGGGGAGGGGGAGGGGGGGCGGUGGUGGCGGCAAGUGGGAGUGAGGUGUGGUGGGUGCCACGGCUGUCGCUGGUGCAGCAGGCGAGGGAGCUGAUGAGGGAGAAGCGGUAUGGGGAGGCGCUGGAGGUGGCACGGGGGGUGGAUGUGGGAGAGGAGAUGGAGAGGGGGGAGUGGGGGGAGAUUAGGCCAGGGAUGAGCGUGUCGAUACACGGGGCGUGGAGGAGGAGAGUAGCAGAAGCGCAUGCACAGGUGGGGCUGUUGCUGCUGUGGGAUGGGGACUUCAAAGCAGCCGUGCCGCACCUCCUUGCAGCACGAGGGGGGGUCUUCCAGCCUGCCGAGAUCUUUGCGCUCUUCCCCCACUUGACUGCCAGGUGGCGAUCGCUGAUCCCCCGGGCUCGCUUCUGGGCAGUAGCAUCACCAUCAGCAGCAGCAGCAGCUGCUGCAGCAGCAGCAGCAGCAGCAGCAGCAGCGGCAGGGAGGGAGGCGUUUACAGGAGCCCGGCCAGGCUCGUCUGGGGGAGGUGCAAGUGCAUCUGUAGGGAGUGGGAGGGAGGCGGGGGAACAGCGGGUGCAGCAGCAGCGGCGGCAGGAGGAUGCUCGGAGGCAGUGCCAAGAAGGUGUGGUGAGCUAUCUGCUGGCAGUGCGGCAGCAGUGGCGGCACUACUGUGUGUCGGAGCAGGAGCAGCAGGGGGUGGACUCGUUGCUGCUGCACCUGCUGCUCGCCCUGCACGAUGCCCCCCGCCUGCUCAUGCUCUGCCUGCCCACCGCAUACAACCGCUGCUACCUCCCGGACGUUGAGGGAGCCCUUUUGCGCACACACCUCUCCCCCCCCUCGCCUACCUCUGGGGCAGCUCAAAAAAAUCCCCUUUCCCUCUUCCCCACCCCUCUCUUCCUCUGCCCAACCCAGCCAGACGUUGAGGGGGCUCUCCUGCGCGCGCACCUCUUUCCUCCUCCGCCUAUCUUUGAGGCCUCUUGGAAAUCUGCGCCUUCCCCUAUUCCCCCCCUUCGUGCUCCGCCCACUCCAGCCGGACGUGGAGGGGGCCCUCCUGCGCGCACACCUCUUUCCCCCCCUCGCCUACCUGCGCUGGCAACGGGGGGACGCCGAGGGCGCUCUGGCGCUCUGGCGGGGGCUCGCACUGGGGGAGCUGCAGGGGGAAGCGGGGGAGGAGGCUGGGGGGGAGCGGGGGCUGUGGGGAGGGGAGUAAAAGGGGGGCUGGGUGGGGUGCAGCGGCAGGCGGUGGAGGAAGCAGUGGCGAUUCUCGCAGUGGUGGAGGAUGCUCGCCUCGUGCUACGCCACCUGCCGUGGGUGUUGCAGCUGAGCCCAUCCAGAGCUCUUUCCGUGCUCACUGCUGCUCGCCCCCCCUCGGCCUCCCUGCCAGUUGACGAGGCACUGGAAGCCAUAUCAGCUGCAGGCCUGGAUCGACUCGUCAAGUGGAGGUACCUGCAGUGGCUGGUGGAAGAACAGGCCAGUGACAGCAAGCACCACCACACACUCUACACACUCGCUCUUGUUGAUACCGCCGCUGCCGCUGCCGCUGCCGCUGCCACUGCCGCUGCCGCUGCCGCUGCUGCAGGGACUGAGAGCGAUAAAGCACGGACGGAGAAUGGCCCAAGGGAGAGUUCAGUUGCACGUGGGAAGGAAGAACGGCAGGGGCAUCUGGAUGGAUGGGACGACAGGACGAGGGGAGCAGGGGAUACAGCAGCAGUGCUGGCAGCAGAACAGAGUGACGGGGCGAACGAGGAAGAAAGCCAAAGAGAGCGGGACGAGGAAGGGGAAGGGUGGGGACUGGAGGGGUAUUCAGAGGAGGCAUCAUUGGCAGGGUUGUGGCGGCGGUUGCGGGGAGUGCUGGGGGCAUUUCUGGAGUCAUCAGAGCUGUAUGAUGGCAGCGCUGUGUGGCGGAGAAUACAGGGCGAGCAUUCACUGCUGAGAGAACAGGUGGUUGUGUUGAGGCGACUGGGGGACCACACAGCCGCCCUGCGCAUUCUUGCUCUAGAGUUGAAGGACAGUGAGGCAGCAGAGGCGUACUGUCUACACCUCAACGACCCCCACGCCUUUGACCAUCUACUACACCUGUACCUGCACCCGGGCGGCAGCAUGCGCCCCAUGUUUGACGCCGCAGUGCGCCUGCUGCACUGUGCGCGCGCACACGUGGAUCCCAACAGCAUACUGCAGGCUCUACCCAGCGACAUGACAGUGCAGGAGGCCGAGGGCAUUCUGGCGCGCCUCAUGCGCGAGAGAGUGCACAGGCUGCGACAGGGGCAGGUGGUGCACCAUCUGCUGAAAGCUCAGAACCGCAGCCUACUGGAGCGCCGCAUGGACCUACUCUCCCGCUCCGUGCUGCUGCCGCUGCCACCCCACGCCAUCAUGCCCCCCUCCUCUUCCUCGUCUGCACUAUCAUCGGCAUCAGCGGUGCAUGGAGGAGGGCAUGCGGGCACGAGUGUGUCGGCCACACGCUGCUCGGCGUGCCACAACCGCCUGUGCAUUGACGAGCCCUUUGCUGCCAUGCCCUCUGGUGCACUGCUCUGCCACCAGUGUUACACCCACAACGCCUCAGCUUCCAAUCAAGGAUGGUAG